AUGCUUCUCACUAGAAAUGCAUUCUUCAAGGUGGCCAAGACAUCACUGUCUAUUCGGUCCUACAGCCUGGCUUCCCAAAAGGUAGCCAUGUCUAAUUUCGAAAAAGACAAGUACAUCAACUACCAACGCAUUGAAGACAAUCUUCAAAUUGUACGAAAACGAUUAAAUCGUCCCUUGACCUUAUCUGAAAAGAUUGUGUAUGGACAUUUGGACGAACCUGAAACACAAGAUAUCGUUCGCGGCAAAUCGUACCUCAGAUUGCGUCCUGAUCGUGUUGCCUGUCAAGAUGCUACUGCACAAAUGGCAUUGCUCCAGUUCAUGUCUGCCGGUUUGCCCUCAGUGGCUGUACCCACCACGGUUCAUUGCGAUCACUUGAUUGAAGCCCAAGUAGGCGGUGAUAAGGAUCUUGCGCGUGCUAUUGAUAUCAACAAGGAAGUGUAUGAUUUCUUGGCUACCUCCACUGCUAAAUACAACAUUGGUUUUUGGAAACCCGGGUCUGGCAUCAUUCAUCAGAUCAUUCUAGAAAACUAUGCGUUUCCCGGUGGUCUGAUGAUCGGCACAGAUUCGCAUACGCCUAAUGCAGGUGGUUUAGGUAUGGUUGCUAUCGGUGUAGGUGGCGCUGAUGCUGUAGAUGUCAUGGCUGGCAUCCCUUGGGAGCUCAAGUGUCCCAAGGUCAUUGGCGUGAAAUUGCACGGUAAAUUGCAUGGCUGGACAUCUCCCAAGGAUGUCAUUCUAAAGGUCGCAGGCAUCCUGACCGUCAAAGGUGGCACGGGCGCUAUCGUUGAAUACUUUGGCGAAGGCGUUGACUCGAUCUCUUGUACUGGUAUGGGCACCAUCUGUAACAUGGGUGCUGAAAUUGGCGCUACCACGUCCUUGUUCCCCUUCAACAAUCGUAUGGCCGAUUACCUUCGCGCAACAAAGCGAGGUGAUAUUGCUCAGUAUGCGGAAUCCUUUGCUGAAAACCUGAAGGCGGAUUCAGGUGCUCACUAUGAUGAAAUCAUUGAAAUUGAUCUCGACAAGCUGGAGCCUCAUAUCAAUGGUCCAUUCACACCUGAUUUGGCUACUCCCCUCUCGAAAUUCAAGGAAACUCUCCUUGAGAACGAUUGGCCACAGGAACUCAAGGUGGGCCUCAUUGGAUCCUGUACCAACUCUUCGUACGAAGACAUGACCCGUUCAGCGUCUCUUGCCCAACAAGCCAUUGAUCAUGGUAUCAAAGCCAAGGCCAAGUUUACUGUUACCCCAGGCUCUGAGCAAAUCCGUGCUACAAUUGAGCGUGAUGGCAUUAUGGAUAUCUUGACAAACGCUGGUGGUGUUGUCUUGGCUAAUGCAUGUGGCCCUUGCAUUGGGCAAUGGGACCGUAAGGAUGUUCAAAAAGGAGAAAAGAACUCUAUUAUUACCUCCUACAAUCGUAACUUCACGGGUCGUAACGAUGCCAACCCUGCAACUCACGCUUUUGUUGCAUCUCCUGAACUUGUCACCGCCAUGACUAUCUCUGGUGACAUGACAUUCAAUCCUAUCACAGACUCUCUCAUUGACUCCAGUGGCAAGCCUUUUAAAUUGAAAGCUCCCAACGGCCACGAACUGCCUCCUCGUGGUUACGAUCCCGGAGAGAACACAUAUCAAGCACCACCUGCUGAACGUAGUCAAGUAGAUGUUGCUAUUGAUCCUAAAUCCAGCCGUCUUCAAUUGUUGAAGCCUUUCCAGAAAUGGGAUGGUAAGGAUAUCACCAACGUCCCCAUCUUGAUUAAGGUAAAAGGCAAAUGUACUACGGAUCAUAUCUCUAUGGCGGGUCCUUGGCUCAAGUACCGUGGCCAUUUGGAUAACAUCAGUAACAAUUUCCUCAUUGGCGCCAAGAGCAGCGAAGGCAAAGUCAACAGUAUCAAGAAUGUCUUUACUGGUGAAUAUAAGGGUGUCCCUGAAACAGCUCGUGAUUACAAAAAGGAAGGCGUUCGCUGGGUUGUGGUAGGCGAUGAAAACUACGGUGAAGGCUCCUCUCGUGAGCACGCUGCUUUGGAGCCUCGAUUCCUCAACGGCGCUGCCAUCAUCACUAAAUCAUUUGCCCGUAUUCAUGAAACCAAUCUCAAGAAGCAGGGUAUGCUUCCCUUGACUUUUGCUAAUCCCAGUGAUUACGACAAAGUGGACGCUUCAGACAAGGUUGAUAUCCUUGGCUUGACUGACUUCCAGGAAGGAAAGCCAUUGACUCUUCGCUUGCAUAAAACAGAUGGAUCCACUGUGGAUGUUCCUUUGAAUCAUACAUUCAAUCAUCAACAAAUUGAAUGGUUCAAGCACGGAUCUGCCUUGAAUCUUAUGAAGGAAAACACAGCCAAGAAUGAAAAAUUGUAA